AUGGCCCCGGCCGGCGCCGCGCCGCGCCGCGCCCGCCCCGGGCUGCAGGCCGGCCCCCCGGGCACGGGACGGGACGGGACGGGACGGCUCUGCCGACCAAGCCCCGCCCCGGCCAGCCCCGGACCGCCCGCCGGGGGCCCAAAGCAUAAAGGCGGCGGCGACCCGGGCCCGGCCGACCCCUGCCGGCGGCGCGCAGACGGGCAGACGGGGCCUCGAGGGCAGCCGCCGGCGCCCCACCCUCCGACGGCGCCCCGCAGCCCGGCCCGGCCCGGCCAGCCCGCGGCGGGCGAGCGAGGGAGCCGGACUGCCUGCCUGCCCGCCCGCCGGCCAAGCCAGGAGGGCUGGGAGCCGGGCGGCCAGGGCAACGAGAGCGCCGCCUUCCAGAUCGUCACCUUCAAAUGGCACCACGUCCAGGACCCCUACAUCAUCGCCCUCUGGAUCCUGGUGGCCAGCCUCGCCAAGAUCUUUUUCCACCUGUCCCACAAAGUCACCAGUGUGGUUCCAGAGAGCGCUCUUCUCAUCUUCCUUGGCAUCUGCUUGGGCGGCAUCGUGUACGGAGCUGACCACAUUGCUUCCUUCAGCCUGACACCAACUAUUUUUUUCUUCUACCUGCUGCCCCCCAUCGUCUUAGAUGCCGGAUACUUCAUGCCAAACCGACUGUUCUUUGGCAACCUGGGCACAAUUCUUCUGUACGCUGUGAUUGGGACCAUCUGGAACGCUGCUACAACAGGCCUGUCGCUUUAUGGGGUCUACCUCAGUGGAAUAAUGGGUCAUCUUAACAGCGGACUGCUGGACUUCCUCUUGUUUGGCAGCCUGAUUGCCGCAGUGGAUCCUGUCGCUGUGCUAGCCGUAUUUGAGGAAGUCCAUGUCAACGAUGUCCUCUUCAUCAUUGUUUUUGGAGAAUCGCUGCUCAACGAUGCUGUGACUGUGGUGCUCUACAACGUCUUUGAUUCCUUCGUUGCCAUCGGAGCUGAUAAUGUGACUGGUUUGGACUGUUUCAAAGGCAUAGUGUCUUUCUUCGUGGUGAGUUUGGGAGGUACCUUAAUCGGCGUGGUCUUUGCAUUCCUACUCUCAUUCGUCACUCGUUUCACAAAGCACGUCAGAAUAAUCGAGCCGGGAUUUGUGUUUGUCAUCUCUUACCUCUCUUACCUGACAGCGGAGUUGCUUUCUCUUUCUGCCAUCCUUGCUAUAACUUUCUGUGGUAUCUGCUGUCAGAAAUAUGUCAAGGCGAAUAUUUGUGAGCAGUCCACCACAACUGUGAGAUAUACCAUGAAGAUGCUGGCUAGUGGCGCAGAGACAAUUAUUUUCAUGUUCCUGGGAAUUUCAGCUGUGGAUCCUCGAAUCUGGACUUGGAACACGGCUUUCAUACUCUUGACGUUGGUCUUCAUCUCUGUCUACAGGGCCAUUGGUGUCGUUCUACAAACCUGGAUCCUGAACUAUUUCCGCAUGGUCCCACUGGGAAUCAUCGACCAAGUGGUGAUGUCAUAUGGCGGCCUCCGUGGAGCCGUGGCUUUUGCUUUAGUGGUGCUUUUGGAUGAAAAAAAAGUGAAAGAUAAAAACCUGUUUGUCAGCACAACCAUCAUUGUUGUGUUUUUUACAGUUAUAUUUCAGGGUUUGACAAUCAAGCCUUUGGUGCAGUGGCUGAAGGUGAAGAGGAGCGAGCACAGAGAGCCCAAACUGAAUGAGAAACUCCAUGGCAGGGCCUUUGACCACAUUCUUUCAGCUAUUGAAGAUAUAUCUGGCCAAAUAGGACAUCAUUACCUGAGAGACAAAUGGACCAACAUCGACAGGAAAUACCUCAGCAGAAUACUGAUGAGACAGUCCGCUCAGAAAACAAGAGAUCAGAUUCUCAAAGUUUUCCGCGAGCUCAACUUGAAAGAUGCCAUUAGCUAUGUGGCUGAGGGAGAACGAAGAGGUUCGCUGGCGUUCAUCCGCUCUCCAAGCAUCGACAACACAGCCAAUGUGGAUUUCAGCAUUAUCAAUCAAAUGAAUGGAGAGCCCUCUGUCUCCCAGUUACUGAGAGAGAGUGCCAGUUCUGUCUGUCUUGAUAUGCAGGCGCUAGAGCAGAGGAGGAAAAGCAUCCGCGACACAGAGGAUAUGUUCACUCACCACACUCUGCAGCAGUAUCUGUAUAAACCCAGGCAGGAGCAUAAACAUCUGUACAGUCGCCAUGCAAUACCUCCCAAUGAAGAAGACAAGCAGAACAAGGAGAUUUUCCAGAGGACAAUGAGGAAACGCCUGGAAUCAUUCAAGAGCACCAAAGUAGGCGUCAACCACACCAAGAAGAACAAGAUUCACAAGAGAGACCGAACCCAGAAAAGAAAAAACAGUAAUGUCAUACCAAAUGGAAAUCUGUAUACAGAAGCCAUGAAGGAGAAAGACACUGAGGUUUCUGAAGCUGAGGAGAAUGAUUAUGACCAUCCCCAGACAGGGCGGGCAAUAGAUUUCCUUGCUAAUGUCACCAGGCAGAACUUCACAGAUACAGGUGGAAUUGAUAAUCCAGUAUUUUCAGCCGAUGUUGAACAAAGCGCCACCAUGAGGUUUCCGCCUUGGCUGUCCUCCGAAGAGACGGUGGUGCCAUCUCCAAGGGCUCAAUCGCAGAUUCCGUACUCUCCAAACAACUUCCAGCGGCUGGCCCCCAUCCGGCUUAGCAAUAGAUCCGUAGAUUCCUUUUUGCAAGUUGACAACCCUGAAGAACGGGCCCGGGCCUUCCUCCCAGAUUCAACACACAUGUAA